AACUCAAUUAUCGAGUCUAGUGGAUGUGGAGCAGUAUUUAUGUUGGGUGACUAUAAUCAGGGGCGGCCCCCUAGGGCGGUGCGAGCGGUGCGACCGCACCGGGCGCCAUCAUAUGGGGGGCGCCGAAAACGGCCGAACGCCCGACUAGGUACCGAUCGACUUAGGCGCGCAAGCAAAUCUUAUUGUUGCAAGCGAGUAGCGACGAGCGACGAACGGGGAGGCGGUGAGGGGAAAAGGUGUCCAAACCUGAAUUCUGAACCAAUAUCCUUGAGCAUUUUUAACCCAUGUGGCUGUCAUAGCUUGAAUUUGGUGGUAGCAGAUGCAGUUAAAUUAUCCGCUAAAUCGGUCUCUUUAUGUGAAUUUCUCCAAAGACUAUUUGUAAUAUUUUCUGGAUUAACAAAGUGGUAGGAAGACAUAUCCAAACACAUAGAAGAACUAUCACUGAAAAAAGUUUGCAAAACUCGCUGGGAGAGUAGAGUUUCUAGCCUUGCUUCUGUUCGCUACAAUUACUGUUCAGUCCAUGAUACUCUUUUGAAUCUUCACGAAGAAACGAAUGAUUCAGUUGCAGAAUAUGGAGCAAAUAGAAUUCUUAGUUACAUUGGUGGCUCAGUAUGAUAUAUUGUUUCAAGUAAACAUUGUAAGUAAAGCUAUGCAGUAUAAAACUAUGGAUUUAUCAAACGCAUCGCAAUUGCUGAAAAACUGCUCGAAUUUGUGAAGCAGUACCGGACUUAUUCGUCUGCUCAAAUAACAGCUAAAGAAAUAGCUUCUGAGGCUGGUAUAGAUUCCACGUUUAAGCCUAUUAAGUUAUUUGAAGAAGGUAAUUUUACAAGAGGGCAGUGGGAACAAAUACAAGGUGGCCGAAAAGAUAUUUA